AUGGCAUCCAGCUUGCCAUUGCGACGGCUCCCUGUUGGGAUCGCGCGAAAGCAGGUCAAAAUAGGCCACCCCGCCAAACGCUUCCAAUCCACCGCUGCGACCCAGACGCAGAACCCCGUUUACCCUCUCUACCCGUCCGUCCAGCAGCUGCUCCAUGAAAAGGGCAUUCCAGAGUCGGAGAUCUCCAACAUUCCCGCAACAGGGCCUAAAGGCCGUCUUCUCAAGGGAGAUGUCCUCGCGUACCUAGGGACAAUUGCGGCAGACUACCCGGCGACGCAAGCAGCGCGACUCGCAAAGCUGUCGCAUCUGGACCUCAGCAACAUCAAACUAGCCCCGGCCCCGGCGAAGCCUGCAGAACCGGCCCCGGCAGUUGAGGAGGAGGCAGCAGCUCCUGCACCGCCAGCAGAGACUUCAGUGGCGGUUUCGAUUCCCCUGGAUUCCGUGCUCUCUGUUCAGAAACGAAUCAAGGACACCUUGGGCGUGACGGUACCGCUAUCGACCUUCAUCGCGCGCGCCACGGACAUAGCAAACGACGACCUCCCCCGAUCUCCGCUCUCCAAACCCACAGCCGACGAACUCUUCGAUGAGGUGGUCCUUGGCGCAAGCCCCGUUAAGACGUCGCGAGGAGACUACAUCCCCGAAAUCAACGCCAUCCCCCUCGACGAAGUCGAGUCUUCUGAAUCCGCAAAACAGCUUGCCAAGCAGGAGGAGGAGGAAAUUAUCGAUAUCCUCUCCGGAAAGGCGAGCAAGCGGACUGCUUCUCCCACGACUCGUGAACCUGUGUCUACUGGCCCGCCUCCCUCCGCUCUGAACGUCUUUAGCCUCACCGUCCCGGUGGCCGAGGAAAAGAGGGCAAAGGUGUUCCUGGACCGAAUCAAAACAAUGCUAACAGUCGAACCCGGAAGGCUAGUCUUGUGA